CUUCUAGGGCACACACCAUGUAUGUUCCUGUGUUUCUAUAGCAUGUAAGACCACUGUGCUAAAUGGACUGAAAUAAAAUGGUAAAAUAUGUUUUUAUCUGUGCUCCUAAAGCUUUGUGGGAACAGUGCUCUCUUUAGUAAACCAUGAGAGUGUUGAUAAUGGGUGUUUCUGUUCAUCUGUGCUCCUGCAGGCUGGGGGAUCAUCCAUCUCCUACUUGCUGAGGUUGCAUGGCCUGUUAUUACCCAGAAAAGUACUUCCCCUCUCUCUGCCACGCCCCAAAAGGGCUGUAGUGAGGGCAGAAUUGCAAAUUCACAUCUCUGCAGUUUGAGAGAGAGUCCAUCAGACUAAUUGGAUGUAAAGUUACUUGGAGUGAAAGAUCCCUGAAAUGCACUCUUUGCAAGGGAUGGAGGCAAUGGCACACUGGGGUUUGAGAGCGUGUUGUAUUGCUUUGAGUACAGCAGUAGCUUCUUUAUGCUGUGUUGGUAUAAGUGUAUGCUUAAUAGCACUUUUGUCCUUUUCUGCAAUUUUGACAGGAUAUAUAAAGUUGCAGAACCCAAGAAAGUAGCUUGUGCAAAUGAUCCCAGGCUUGUGUUGGGAAACCAAGAGAUGAUCUGGACCCACUCACAGGGUGUUGUGACAGCUCAACUGUCCCCAAGAACAGCAGCACUGGCCAAGCCCAAGAAAGAUUUUGGCAAGAACCAAUGCAGACCCCUCUUCGUGUACAGCUGCGGACGGGAGUCAACGAUCUGGGAGCGUCCCCUGCUAGAGAAGUUUAGCUUCCCUUCUGAUCGGCUGCUGAAACUGGCUGAACCUAAAAAAUACCAGCCUGCCUACCUGGAGAAAAGACCUCGCCAGUCCCCUGAGUGGCCUGUGUCGCCAGCUGCACUGAACUAUAGGGCCUCCCCACGGAUCCUGGAGCUUGCCAGGCCGAAGGUGCCACACCCAGAGUUCCUGAUGGCCAGAGAGCUGCCAACAAAGGUAACAAAUGCUGCAGCCUUGGCCAGAGCGUCCUCACGGAUACAGCAUCUCGCAGAGCCCCGGAUCAGGAAGAUCACCUACUUAUAUGAGAACAUCUUUCUAGAAUCUGUCAUUCGUCCGGUUUCAAAGUUCGCUCAUCAGGCAAUUGCGAGCCCUCGGACUGUGGAGCUGGCCAGGCCAAAAAGAUUGCAUGCCGACUAUGUGCCUCUACGUGAUGCUGAGUGGCCAGUGACACACGCUGCAAAGCAUGCAGUGGCCACACCAAGGAUCUUGGAACUAGCCCAGCCUUGCAAAAGGCCUAUGAUGGACUUGGUUCAAAUCAACCCAGAUGCAUUCAUAGUGAAAGAAGCGGCUAAGAAGGCAUUUUGUUCUUCCCGGAUCCAAGAACUGGCUCGUCCGAUCCAGCGUUGAGCUCCCUCAGAGACGCAGCUUGCUGCUCAUCACUCCUUGGAACAUCACCCUUUUUGAGCUGUGCUGUGGCUGGAAAUUCUACUUGAACAUGGCACAGAGGCAGCAGACAGAAGAAACACUUUCUGACAAGCAGCCAUUUUUACUGGGCUUAUCUAGGGAGUUAAAUAAAAUGGUCAUUCCAUAAGAAAAAAUAGUCACCAGAAGAAACAAGCAGAAUUUGACCUGAUGUGGGAAGCCUCUCUCCCUAGGUUGGGUAAUGUCUGGAGUUUGUCAGUCUUCUUAUUUUUUUGCUGAAAUAGUUAAAGUAAUGAAACAACUGCUGGGGGAAGACAGCACAGGAACCGUUCACCUAAAGAAGUGUGGCAACCCAAAGCUGGCAGCGCACAGUAGGUUGGCGCAACACAACUCCUGACCUUGGGUUUUGAAAUUUUUGCUGAAGUUUAGAGUUCUUCUUAGUGACCCUCAAAGUUUUGUGCUGGUGAUGGAAGUAGAAACACAAAAGGCUGCCAAAUUCCAGAUCCAGCAGCAGAUUUGAUAAGGUGCAAAGCUUUAGUGCAGACUUUGGAAAUGCUGGGGUGGUACGUGCAUAGAUUUGGCUUGGAUUUAGGGCCUGUUUUCUCAAAUACUUGGAAAAUGGGCAGAUCCAGCCUUCUGCUUUGCAUGCGUCUUUAAUAUGAGUUACAGAGGUGGGUUAGAUCUGUACAGUUCAGAUAUUUGUUUGUGUGGGCCUGGGCAAAAUAAUGGGACUCUGCAUUGGGAUUUUUGAAGCCUAACUCAAAAAAGCAGAGUCCCCCUCAGUGCAAGGAAGGAGGCACGUUGCAAAGACUAAGACGAAAAGAUAUCGGAGCCAGACUCUGCAGAACAAACUCUGAGCUCCAGCAGGGUCUGAGGGUGAGUCAAUUUGGCAGCUGCACUGGGGGGGAACAGUACAGCCUAUGUGGGAUAUGGCACAGGAAGACUGGUUUGGUCUAUUUCCUAUGAGUUUGAUGUGUUUUGCAUUGGCAGCCCACCCACUGGUGAUGAGCUGGAAAUACUGAGGAGAGAGGGAUGUUCUCUAGCAAGGGACGAAAGCCAUAAAUGAAAGCGUGUGGCAGUUUCAGUACCAGUGUAUCUUAAUCUUCCCUGUGUUAAGCUGAUUCUCCUUCCAAAGCAGGUGACCACAAACCAAAAGAAGAUUAAUCAGAGGAUCCACUAAUUGAUUCAAUAAUCCACUAAGCAGAGGAUUUUUGAACAAGCUCAGGUCACUAGGCAAUGGUGCUUGUUAUUUUUUAGCUGAUGCAUUUUCCUGUACCAGCAUGGAUGAGAGCCUGGGCUUUGUGCAAGAGACCCAGCGCAACUUCAUCCUUCAGGCUAGAGAAUGGCCAGAAGGAGUUCUGCAGUCUGCCUCCCACCCCGUGAGGGAACUCCAGCCCCACCAGCCUCUGCCACCUCGAGGCCUGGGGUGUACAUGAGGUUGUCAGAUGGACCCAUGGGUGCCCC